AUGAUCUUCACCAACAUUUUCUUCACCGCCCUUGCCGCAUCCGCCACCUUUGUCAGUGGUGCCUCUAUCAGACGUCAGGACGAGGACAACGGCUCAUGCGCCCAGCUCGGGCGUAUCUGCGCCGGCCAAGUGCAAAACAGUCUCGCGAACGUUCUCGGAGUCGAAUCCUGCUUGUUCGCCGGGGUCUGUUUCGAGAGAAACAGUACCAAUUUAGAUGAUUUCUUGACCACUCUUUGGGAGACUGAGGGCCACAGUGGCACCGCCCCUAAGAGCGUGAGCACCACAAGGGCCACCACGGCUGUAUUCGACGCCAUUUCGACAGACGGACAGACUAUCACGCAGCAGAACUUCAUCGACGGAUACUACGGUUCUCUUGACGCCACCAGCGGCACUUACCCGACCUCUGCUGCCAUCGUCAUAAGCGAUUUCGACCGUGUCGCUGCCUGGACCGGCUUCUGUCCCGGAACUAACGAAGGUAUCCCCUACCAGAACUGGGCUGACUACUUCCAGUACAGCGCCACCGUGGGCUCUACCACUUGCCAGUGAACAUCGAUGAAUGAGCAUGGGUGCUGGCCUCGAUGCCUUGCAGGCCUUGUGAGUGGGACGUUUUCUCUUCAUUUUUGCUGAUCAUUGGACUUCGACGUAUUCGUCAACUCGGGACCUCAUGUUUGUUAUGACUUUGUAACGAUCGUAAUACAUAAAUCGCAC